AUGGCACCCGCUCCCAAGAGCACGCCCCCGCGCUUCGCCACCGACCUCACCAACCUCGCGCGCCAGUCGGCCUCGUCGUCCUCGUCCGCCAAGCGCCCCUCCACGUACCGCCAGACGAGCCUCGCCGACUCGCGCUUCUUCCGCUCGACGCCCCCUGCCCCAGUCGCUCCGCCCACGAGCAGCCCGAGCCCGUCCGCCGCCGCCGACGCGCCGAGCGUGUUUGGCUCGGACGCGCCGCCGCUCAGCGACGCGUCCAACACGAGCCCCGUCCGGGUCGAGGACGGCGCCUGCGCCCACGACGGCCUCGACGACGAGAGCGUCGACGGUGGCGAUGACGGCGACGAUGGUGACGAGCGCGAGGCCCGCACCAAGCGCAGGCGGGUCGCCUCGCACGACUCGGUGCCGUCGCGGCGAGGGGCGCAGGCGUGGGCCGAGUUGGGCACGGCGCAGCUCGUCGGGACGUACGGGACGGGCGACAGCGAGGGCAGGGCGCGCAUCGAGCCGACGUUCGUCGCGCCCGGGCAGCAGUUUGGCGCGUUCGAGGCCAUGCGCAGGAGGGAGUUGGGCUUCCGCGCUGGCACGGCUCACUUGUCGAUGCGGCCGUGGCUCCAGACGAUCGUGUCGAGCAACGAGGCCGACGUCGCGAGGCUCCCGUCGAUCCACCAGCGCCGUCACUUUGCGCCGCCGUUCGCGCUCGCCUUCUCGUACGGCGCCAAGCAGGGAGGGCGCAAGAUCGUCGCGGUCGGGGACGAGGAGGGCACGGUCAGCUUUCUCGACGGCGACGAGGACCAGUGGGCGGCAGGACCGUCUCGGCAUUCGUUCGACGCACACCGCAACGCCAUCUUCGACUUGAGCUGGAGCUACGACGAUGCGCUCAUCGCCACCGCGAGCGGCGACCAGACCGUCCACCUGUGGGACACCGAGACGCAGGCCUGCAUCGGCGUCCUCGCCGGCCACACUGGCACCGUCAAGAACAUCACGUGGGACCCGCACAACCCUUACAUGCUCUCGACGGCCUCGCGCGACGGCACGAUCCGGGUGUGGGACACGCGCGUCAAGGGCUACGCCGACGUCGACAUCGAAGGCGCGAGCGCGGUCGGCGCCGUCAACCACAUCAAGAACGCGCACGGCGUGCGGGGCAAGACGGCAAAAGGGCAGCGCUCGGCCACGAGGAGUGUGACGUCCGUCGCGUACAUGUACCACCAGGAGAACCUGCUCGCCUCGGCGGGCUCGGCCGACGGCUCGAUCAAGGUCUGGGACUUGCGGCGGUCGCACAGCCGGCGCAUCAACCCGGCGACUUUCGAGACGAACGACGACGCGCUCCUCAGCACCAUGUCGGCUCGCCCGCACGGCAUCUCGCACAUGACGCUCGCCCCGGACGGCCGCAAGCUGUACGCGCUCUCGACCGACUCGCACGUGUACGCCUACUCGGCCACCAACCUCACCCACGCCGCCCCCCUCGCCACCUUUCACUCGCCGCAAGCGCGCUACUCGACCUUCUACAUCCGCUGCGCCGUCUCGCCCGACUCGCGCUACCUCGCCACGGGCUCGAGCUCGGGCGACGUCUUCAUGUGGGACACGGAGGGGCAGGGUACGGCAGGAGAGGCCGUCAGGGUCAAGGGCCACACGCGCGAGGUGAGCGGGCUGGACUGGGGCCACGAGUCGCUCGCCACCUGCUCGGACGACAACCUCGUGCGCUUCUGGCGGUCCGACCCCGCCCUGUCGCGCGCUCGACGGGCAGCCGCAUCGGCAGACUGGCAAGAUGAUCACGAGGGUUGGAGGCUCGGGGACCGGUGGAGCGGCGAGGUUGUCGACGCGGCGUGA